CAGGAUAUGACGAAGGAUGACAAAUGAAUGCGUUCACUCCGUUGUUGGCAUGGAUUCCAGCUAAUAAACAAAACUUCAGGACAUGUUUUUUUAAUCAAAGAUUCGCUCUGCCUCUUCACAAGUUUGAUGUACAUUAUGAAAGGUGAACAUUUGUUGCCUUCCUGGUAUUGGGAGUUUUUAUUUCCUGCUCUUGAUCGCUCCUCUAGACUGCAAGCUAGCAAACAACUUAGCUACGCAGCUAGCUUGUAAGCAGCUGGCCAACUUUCUGGCCUUUGUCAUUUUCUGUCUUCAUCAGCUAAUCAGCAACAGACAUUUGUUCAAAGAUGAAGAGGAAGGUGGCUCGAUUACGGUUAAGUCCUAACGAAGAGGCUAAACUUAUACGAGAUGAACACGAAAGGAGGCGGAAACUGCGAAUACAACAGGUGCGUGAACAGGAACGGUAUAUUGCACUGCAGAUCCGCAGAGAGGUCAACCGCAGACGGGAACACGAGAUUCAGAUCCUGGCCGUGGAGUUAAAACAGGAUUGGGAGCGACAGCAAAAAGAGAAACUGGAGACACUACAUAAGUUGUAUCAGGAGAGCCUCCAGCUUUUGGGAGAGGGACACAGAAGUGCAAAAGAAAAUGAACCCGAUUGGGAAGCCAUAGCACAGAAACAUGAGGAGAAUCACAACAGAGCAGCAGAACGCUAUCACAACGCCCUGAAAGAGCUCAAAUCACAGAGGCAGAAGGAACAAGAGGAGCAGAAUCGUUUCAUCCAGGCCAGGAAGAAAGCUGUUCAGGUUGAGAAAAUGAGAGCCGCUAAAGUGGCCAACCUGCCACCCCAUCCACCAAACCCUAUUGAGAGUAUUCCAUCCAAGAAGCUGGUAGCAGUGAAGAAAUCGGAUGUGGAUGCCUUCUCUGUGACCCACUAUCACAUGCCUGAGACUGCAGUGGACAGGGAGGUGGACACAAGACAGCCCAGCGCCCAGCAGUUGGCGGAGCAGGAGAUGAGGCGUCUGCAGGAGCUGGCGCAGGAGGAGCAGGCGGAGCACCAGGAGCAGCUGGAGAAGGCUCGGCUGAGAGGGAACCACGCUCUGAGGGUGGAGCAACUCACACAGGACCGAGAUCGCUUCCUUGUGGAGCUAGAGCACAUGCAGCAGACAGAGCUGCUCAGAAGGAGACAGGUGGUGUCCCAGAUGCCCGCUCAGAUCUUCCAGCCCCUCUACAAGAGGCAGGAGGUGAGGGACGACUGGCAGAGGGACAUGGAGUUCGCCUUCGAAGACAUGUACACCGGAGAGAGACGUGUGAAAGGUGACCUGGUGCUCCAGCUGGUCCCAGAGCCCCUCCCAGCCAUGUCCACAGACAGCCAGGACCAGGAGCUGGAUCUCACUCUAGAGGACGUCCCCUCCGCGGCCACACCCCUUGAAGUCACGCCUGGGGACCAGCAGGGACACGGCCAUGACUCCGACCACCAGGUCCCAGCUGCCCAGAGACAAGAAGAACCCUCCAGUCCAGGAGGGGGUGCUCGUCGGCAGGCCCUGAGGAAACUCCUCAACCGCAUCAGAACCCAGAAAGGUCAGUGUGGUUCCGGGGGCGUCCGCAACCUGCCAACCGAGCGCCAGACGUCUGACCAGGAUAUGACCAUUGACACUGGUUCCCUGGGCAGUGAGGAGAAGGAGCGUCCUGUCACCUCGGGUGUCCAGCCUUCUGAGUCCCGUCAGGCCCCGCCUCAUGUGUUAGAGACGACAGAGGAGUCCAUUGUGGCUGGCACCUUGCUCCAUCCUGAUACGCAAGCCAACAGAAUCCACACGUUCAAAGCAGACAGGAAGAAACGGGAGGAGGAGCUGGAGAGGCAGAAACAGGAUCAGCUGGCCCUGCUGCAGGAGCUGGAGGAGCAGAAGGCCACACUGGAGCUGCUGCUGCAGGAGGCCCACCAGGAGAGACAGCAGCUACAGGCUGCGGUGGAGCAACAUGACACUGCUGUUGGGCCCAUACAGGAAGUACCCGUCCAUGACCAGGAAGUGACCUCUGGUACUCCUCCCCCAGCUGUAGAUCCUGCAAGCCGCGUAGGCGAGGAUACACAGUCCCGCAAAAUUCGAGAGUACCAGCAACGUCUACUAGAACAGAACAGGCUCCAUAAGCAGUCAGUGGAGCAGGCUCGCCUACGUCUGGAAGAUUACCAACGCGCUCUCCGAUACCGCUACAACAUCACUCUGACAGCAACGCAAGCCGCUCGUGGACCUUUAAAUCCCAUCUGCCCUCCACCACUCAAUACUGGCCGAGCGACGCUACCCGCGGUCUCUGUAGAACUCCCCUCUGGCUCUGCAAUGCCUCUUCUCCCAGUAGCACUUACCACCCAUUCUAGAACCCACUCCCCUAUGGAAAUCCCUAAUCGAGAGUCAGCCAUUUUGCCUCAACCCUCCAUUCUUCCUGUUCCUGGGAUGCAUACAAGAGCCGGCUCAGGCUUUUCCACCAAGGUCUCAUCAGUGCCACUAACAGUCACUACAGAAAGCUCCAGAAACCAACACCCCGAUCAUACUGCUUGGCUGACUGAUCAUUUCCUCCAAAGAGUUUCCGCCCACCUUCCAGAUGGGCUACGCCCCCCCCCAACCCCCUCACACCCCCCCUCCUCCAGGCCGCCUGCCACCUUAGGCAUCCCAGUCCCAUCUGUGGCGGACCCUGUCCAAGCCCUCCACCCAACACCGUCUGAACACCCAGCCACGUUUCCAGAGGAGGCCUCGGCGAAGCCUGGGACUUUCCUACCAGGGUUCACCCAGACCGGGAAGCUUUUCAGGGAGGAGAUUGAGUUGGAGAGGCAGAGGCAGGAGGUGCAGGAGGCCCAGCGGAGGGUGCAGGGCCAGAGGGAGGCCCUCCUGCUGCAGCAGAGGGAGCAGGAGGAGGACCUGAGGGAGCAGUGGAGGAGACAGAAGGAGGCGCUGGACGCACUACUUAGUGCUGACACACAGCCAAAUCCAGAAAUUGAUGAUGAUGCAACAUGCUUGGAGAACAUAGAGACCGACCGCCUCACUCUGAUGGCGACCCUGCUCAGAGCCAUCGAGCAAUCUGACAGCCACGGCCCAUCUUCUGUAGAGGCCCAUCAGAAUAAAGAAAGAACAGCCCACCUCCAGCCACCGGCCAAUGACCCCGCCCACCAGAGCGACCGUUGCCAUGGGCCCGCCCCUCCCUCGCAUCCCCACGCCCCUCGGGCACCCAAACCCCCUGUGGCCCGUGCCAGGCCGGGUGUCAUGGAGAUGAUGAGGAUGGAGCAACACGAGCUCAGUGCCAUCCAGGAAGUGGAGACGCCAGCCAAUGGCAGUCUGGUCACAGAGGAGACUGCCAGACUGUCUCUCCCAGGAGCAGUAGGAGUCUCCCAGGAGCAGGAACCCCCAGCUCCUCCAGACAGGGGCCCUCCCAGCAGCUCCAAGUCCAGCAGAGAAGAGCCCUCGGCUGGGAUAGGGACCGGCAGUGGGACUGGGACAGGGAGCGGUAGAUCCAGCAAGCUGUCCUGGAGAGACAGACUGAGGCUAGAGGCAGGGGCCUCUCCGGAACCUGAUCCUGGAUCAGCUCACCCAGAACAAAUGUCCCAGAACUCUUCUGAUUCUGGCAGAGGUGGCCUCGGAUACUUUGGACCAGGAACCUCCAGCUUCAAACCCCAUCCAGAGGUGGAGAGCGUGUCUCUCCACUCGGCCCACAGACCCUCGGAGCCCGACGGUCUCUCCUCCACCACCAUCUCCUCUGGAAGCUACGUCACCACCGAGCCUGACCACAGCUCCACCCACAUAGAUAUGUCUCUGCUCUUUGCUGGAUUUGGAGAAGGCUUGUCGGGAAGGGGAGGAGCUACACCGGAUGACUCCUCCUCCUCCCGACGGAGCUCCUCCUACAAGGAAGUGUCUCCUCCAGCUUCGCCUGCAACCGCAGCAUCUCCUCUGCACAACAGCAGCAUCCAGCGCAUCAUAGACAAGUAUACCAGGGAACUCAACAUCUCCCUCAACACGACAGGAAGCCCAUCCGCUCCCUCAGUGUGUGAGAGGGCAUCAUUGGAGGACCCCAGCUCCCUGCGAUCCCAGCAGGCCCUCCCUGUAGAGGAGGGGGCCAUGGACGACACCUGCAUACGGCUGGCUGGCUCCCUCUCGACACCCCCAGACAUGGAGUCAGCGGCACAGGGGCCCCAGGACUGGGAUGAAACUGUCAACCGGAUCUUGGCACGCAUCUCUGACCAUUCAUCCUCAUUGCCGUCCCGUCCCAGCCAAACUACCGGCCAGCUCUCAGACUGGUCAUCCUGCGCAGACACGGACAAGGGGGGGGAUUCUGACAUCAACCGUAUGAUUGGCCAUCCAUCCGCUCAGUCGUCGUCUCUGGGCGACAACCUCGAAGCUGACUCCACAGCCAGCCAGAUUAUUGGCCAGUUCUCUGGUCAGACGACCUCAGUCGGCGGCGGCCAAGGGUGGGAUUCCACUCUGAGCAGGAUGAUUGGUCGGCUGUCUACCCAGUCGAGCUCUCAGUGGCUGAGCGGAGGGAGGGACUUCUAUGCGAGCCAGUUGAUUAGUCAUACGGGAUUGGAGCAGUCGUCUCUCUGGCUGGAUGAAGGGCAGGAUGAGAGCCGGAUGAGGCCCCUGGUUGCUGAACUGGAUGAGUCUGCUGCCCAGGGGAAUGGUAGCUCAGGAGGCGAUGGAUCCAACCACCCAGACAGGGAGGACCAGGGGGGUUUAGCCCACACCCCUGUUCCUUCUAGUCCAGAGAGGCCUUCUGAAGCCCAGGCAGACAGCUCUGCUCCCCCUGGUCCAGAGUCCCUUGACCAGGCCCUCCAGCCCUUAGGUAGCCCUCAUGAACAAGACAGGACUGGAGACUCUUUCCACCCCCUCCUGCCGGAGAUCACUCACAACGAGACCGGUGAACCCUCCCUUACCUUUCACCUUCCUCAAGAGGAAGAGGAGCCCAGCUCCUCUGAAGGAAGCCAGCCAUCCUCACAUGUGAGGCAACUCGAUUUCUCGCAGCGCUCUGAGGAGCCCUCUGAUGGAGAUCUGGACACGCAGGAGUCCCCCUCAUGCAUCUCGGACCACUCUUCGGAGCAGAUGAGAACAGAGGAGCUGUCCCUUUCCCCGCCUUCCCUCCAGGACUCCUUGUACCAGCUGACCACCUCACAGUGCCACCCCCUCGACUCCGCCUCAGUGGUUUCUCCCGCUGCAGAGGAGGCGGGGCUUACAGCUCUCAGCCUAUCGGCUCUCAGGCUCUGUGAGGAGGAGCCUGCUGUGGACCUACCGCCUGAGAGGACAGACAUACAUAUGGAGAGUGUUCUUACACCUCAGAAAGUUCCAGAAGUAUUUAAAUGUGCUGUCAUGGAUGAAGACCUUGGCAAAGAAGAUGGUACUGGCAAGCUGUUGUCUGACACAAUGGCCGAUCCUCCAACUUGGGAAAGACUCAUGGACAUUGGAGGAGAGAAGGGGAUUCUAGAAGAAUCCCAGCUGACACUGGUGAGCCUGACAGACACCACACUACAGGACCAGGAGCUCACCGUCACCGACGAAGAUGAGGGAGCAUGUAAGGAGGAAGAGGACCCUACUAAAGAUGAAAAGGAGUCGGAGACAACUCUGUUGCCCGAGGAGGAAACCUGUUCAAAGGAGGAGACAUCAGCCUCGCAUGCAGUGAUGCUGCUGGAGUUCCAGGGCCCCGGGGAGGCCCUCCAGCAGAAGCGCCGGACCCUGCUGCAGCAGAGGUCGACCCGCAGGGUGGAGGAGAUCAAGGCCAGGAAGGCAGGGGCCGGAGACCAGGCUAACUCCUGGAGCAAAACAAGGAGCCAGUUAACCUCCACUCAAGCCAAGAGAGAGACCAAAAGCUUGGCUGGAGGAGAUGCCAAGCAGAAGACCCAGCCAAAACCCCAGCCCGCUUCUCUCCUCUCUUUCUCAGUGUGUGAGGCCAAGUUGAAGAAGGUGGGGGAGGUGAGGAUCUGUACACCUGAGCAGAGGAAACUGGACGUAGCUGAGAUGCACCAGAGAACAGACAGAUUGUACAACCGUCUGGAAGAGGUGAAGCAGCUCAAAGAAAUCAGGAGCAGACAGGAGUUGUAUGCCAAAAACAGAGAAAAGGCCAAGGACUUCCAUAAGAAAACUUUACUGAAGCUAAGAGCCAAGCAGACUCCACAUUGAUUCUUCACUGGAUUUCAAUUAGUGCCUUUGCUCUUUGUGUGUUUGUAUGCAUUUUAUACUUAGAUAACAGCAUUAUUUUUGUACAUUUUUACGUCUAACUUAAAAAAAUCAUUUAUUUGUAAUAAAGUGUCCAUGCAAA